GGGUCUCUGCCCUGAGGCUCAGUCAGUGCCGGAUAGUAGUAGGAGUAGGACGGGGCUAUGUGAAGUGGAUGUGUGGUCACCUGUCAACGCUACCCCGCCCCGGGGAAGGGGAGUGACCAGUCUUCCCUCCCCCCAUUAUUUGGAAGGGGAAGCCUCCUCUUGUAUACACUUCCCUCGCCCCUCCUCCUCCUCCGAUAAACUCUGUGACAAACAGCCCGGGAAGUGGAAUGUGGGACUGGGACACAUCACAGCAUAGGAAGAAGCCUUCAGUACUAGCACCGAUAGAGGAGUGUGUGAGCUGGGCUGUCAGCGUGUGCUCUAGGACAAGCGGAGGGGAUACUGGCUUGAGCUGCGCGUUGUGUUGGAAACUUUCUCAUGUGUAACCAGCAGCAGCAGCAGCAGCAGCGGAACAAGCCAGCCAAGGCGCAGUGCUAGGAACACGUGUGGUAGAGGGUCUCCUACUAUCCCACCGUGCGCAGGAGAUACAGGUGCAUGGUUGGAAGCGGAUAGUGGCUGGCACCGCUCUGACUUUUCCUCAGGAAUCUCACCUUGCCGCUGCCAGCUACUGGUGCCCACCUCUGAGCAGUCCCCAGUAGGCGCUGUGUGAUGCCGGGCGGCAGCCUGUUGCCGUUCAGUAGCGUUUCCCCGCUGGGGUCGGCUGGAGGAGGGCUGGGUCCAGGCUGUUCCCCAGGGGGCGGGGUGUCGGGCCCCGGGCUGCUGUCUUUGGGCUCCGCGGGGAGGAAGCUGUCUGGGUUUCGGCUGACGGAGAAGUUUGUACUGCUGUUGGUAUUCAGCGGUUUUAUCACUCUGUGCUUCGGGGCCAUCUUCUUCCUGCCGGACUCCUCAAAGCUGCUGAGCGGAGUCUUCUUCCAGCAGUCCCCGCCUCCGCAGAGACCCCCGGCAGGACUAUUGGGGGAGGAGGAGACGGAGCUUGGGGGGCGCCUUGCCCGGAUUCGGGAGGAACAUGAGAGGGCACUAAGGGAGGCCAAGGACACCCUCAAUCGACCACCCGAUGACAUUAAGAGGGACAUACAGAGGGAUAAGGAUCGGAUAUUGGUCCAGGGCAGGGUGACGGCCGGAGGGAAGUUGCCCCCGCAUGUAUUUAAGCAGCCUGUGGGAGUAGUGGGCAAGGAGCCGUCAGACCCGGCUGUCAAGCAGAAGAGAGACACGAUCAAAGAGAUGAUGAAGUUUUCCUGGGAUAAUUACAAACGUUAUGCAUGGGGAAUGAAUGAACUAAAGCCCAUACAGAAACAAGGCCAUUCAAGCAAUUUGUUUGGGAAUAUACAAGGAGCAACAAUAGUAGAUGCCCUUGACACUUUGUAUAUAAUGGGAAUGAUGGAUGAAUUUAAAGAUGCUAAAGAAUGGGUGGAGAAGAAUCUAGAAUUCAAUGUGAAUGCUGAAGUUUCAGUCUUUGAAGUAAAUAUACGAUUUGUUGGUGGACUCUUGUCAGCCUACUAUAUCUCAGGGGAAGAGGUCUUCCGAAGGAAAGCUGUUGAACUUGGAGAGAAACUGCUACCUGCAUUUAAUACUCCAACUGGAAUUCCCUGGGCAUUAUUAAACAUUAAGAGUGGCAUUGGUCGUAAUUGGCCAUGGGCUUCAGGAGGAAGCAGCAUUCUAGCUGAAUUUGGAACACUGCAUUUGGAGUUCAUGCAUCUAACUCAAGUAUCUGGAAACCCAGUUUUUGCUGAAAAGGUAAUGAAUAUACGAAAAGUGUUAAACAGACUGGAUAAACCUCAAGGAUUGUAUCCUAACUAUCUGAAUCCCAGCAGUGGGCAGUGGGGCCAACAUCAUGUUUCUGUCGGAGGAUUAGGAGACAGUUAUUAUGAAUAUUUGCUGAAGGCAUGGCUAAUGUCAGACAAAACGGACGAAGAAGCCAAAAAGAUGUAUUAUGAAUCUGUUCAGGCAGUUGAGACUCAUCUGAUUCGCAAAUCCAGCAGUGGCCUAACCUACAUUGCUGAAUGGAAAGGAGGCUUGCUAGAGCACAAAAUGGGGCACCUUACUUGUUUUGCUGGUGGUAUGUUUGCACUUGGAGCAGAUGGAGCACCUGAAGAUAAAACUGGGCAUCAUAUAGAACUUGCAGCAGAAAUUGCACGUACAUGCCAUGAAUCCUAUGAUCGCACAACGAUGAAACUGGGACCAGAGGCUUUUAGAUUUGAUGGUGGAGUUGAAGCUAUUGCUACAAGACAAAAUGAAAAAUACUAUAUCCUGCGACCAGAGGUCAUUGAAACUUAUAUGUACAUGUGGAGAUUCACUCAUGAUCCAAAGUACAGACAAUGGGGCUGGGAAGCAGUACAGGCACUAGAAAAGUACUGCAGAGUAGAAGGUGGAUAUUCUGGAGUUAGGGACGUUUAUUCGGCUCAUCCAAAUCACGAUGAUGUACAGCAAAGUUUCUACCUUGCAGAAACACUCAAAUAUUUAUACUUACUGUUUUCGGAUGAUGACCUACUUCCUCUAGAACAUUGGAUUUUCAACACCGAGGCCCACCCAUUGCCCAUUAUUACUAAAAGUGACACAAUACAAAAUGGCAAAUCCAAAUAAAAAGCAACAAGGGGACUUUUUUCACAUAACUCACUGCAUUCCGCAAAUAAUAAACUUUCCAGGAAUUUAGACAACAUUUUUAAUUCUUCAGUUCUGUCGUCUAUCAACUGCUUUGCAGUCUGUUUAUUUUUAAUGUUCUAAAUGUUUAGGUGAUCCUAGAGCCAUUCCUUUGUGAUGUAAUAAAUGACUGUGAAUCCGAGACACGCUGUGUUUCCCCAUGGACCUGACUUUUUGUUUCUCAUCAAUAGAUCACUGCCUUUUUUCUUUAACGUUCCUUUAAUUUGACUGCAAAGAUCCUUUCUCCUCUGUGAGGAGAUUGUCUGCUUUAAGCUGUAAUUUUGCCAUGUUGCAAAAAGCCAUAACAAAUAGUGUAAAAUAAUUAUUUUCCUUUCCAGCUGUUUGUGAAUCAGAUAUAUCUGAAAAUCAUGUAAAAGGAAAUGUGUAACUGUGACAUCCUAUUCUUAUGCGGGUUUUUCUUUAACUUUAGUCAAUAUAUAUUUUGAAGUAGUUCAGUACUAAUGAAUGUGGUACACAAAUUUGGUGCAGCAGAACUUUUUCUUAGACUGUAUCCACUUUUUUUUUUUAAUGAAUUGAAAAGCACCAAACCUCUCAAGUCUAACUGAUAAAUAGCCCUGUUUAAGGAGAGAACUGUCCACCACCUCUUUGUGUAUGUAAAAAAAAGUUUUAACAGAAUAUUUGUACUGAUUUAUUUGCAGGACUUCACAAAAUGUUGAUUAUUAUUAAGACUACUUCCCAUUUCCAUGCUGAUUUUGUUUGUUUGAAAAGAAUGUCAAUAACCCAUUUAGCUUUAGUUCGUAUUAAUAUAGGUGCAACCAACUUAGUAAACCACAGCAACCAACCCGCAGACUGCAUUUACUGAAAUUCUGUUUGAUGGCAAAUAUUUGGUUGGCGUGGGUCACCAGACCUGGGACAAAUGCUGCAUCUGCAAAUAAUUCCCAUUAUUUGGUGCCCUUACCCCUUACUUCAGUUAUAUUUGUUACUUUAUUUUAUGAAAGAUUUUGCAAAAUAUUAAUAGCUUUGAAUUUAGUGCCCAAAGUGAAGAGAAUUUAAGGGCCAUUAUAAUAAUUAACUAAUAAACUGUAGAGUUAUUUUUCAAGCUUUUUUUUUUUAAUUUAAUUCCUUCUAAAACUCUAUUUUUAAACAACAAAUUUGUCAUAUAAGCAACAUUUGCACUUGCAUUUUGUUAUUUAACAGUUUAUUUCACCUAUUGUGUCAUUUUUAGUUUUUAACUCCAUUAAGCAUUUCACAUAUGAGAACUAAUGGGGAAAUUCAAAGGGAAAAUGCGCAAUUCAAACAAGGUUUUGUUACUCUCCAGAUGUGUUUAGGGACCCUUUUGCCAGUCGGAAGAUACCUGCGCUAAUGCCCGCGCAUAUGUAAUAAAACAUCUUGUAGUUUGAGCAAAGAACUACAAAUGUCUAUGUGUAAUACUGCAUGCUCUGGUGUUCUGCAGCUCAUGCUUAUGGCAGUCUCUAUUACUGCCUACUGCAAGCAGUGCAAAUCGGAAGCUCAGUGCAGCAUUUACAAGCGAGUGCCUCAGCUGACAUUUGUCUAUGUGGCACCAACAAUACUAAGUGGUCCCUCACAGGCAUUCGUCUCCACCACUCCAGUUAAGCAUGGUUUAAAGACGCAAACUUUUACGUUUGAUAACAGCAUACCCAAUGAAUUUUGCCUUAUGUUUUUUUUUCUAAUUGAGCCCAAGUUACAUUCGCAAUAAGACUUUUCUGCUAACCUGGGUGAUCCUGUUUUAUCCACUGUUUCAUCCACUGUUUCUUCUCUUUCUGGUUCCAUAAUAGCUAUGCUCAAAUUUUGUAACAAAAUCUAUACAAUGGACCUGUAAAACCAUCACUUUCAGAAAUAAUAAAUUAUUUAUAUAGGGAAGCUAUAACUGAAAUACAAGAAGCGCUUGGUGAGAGAGUAUUGAUCCCUCACUCUACUGCUGUGGGAAUUGACCUUCUGAAUUGACUGUAUUAACUAGGAGCAGUUUUUCUCUUUUUUUUUUUUUUCUUUCAAUUCUGUGGCUUUUAAAGUUGUUGCCGCCUAGAUCUUUGCCAGGAAUAUACCCUCCUACUGCAACACAGCAGUGAGAAACUUGGACUUCUGCAUCCCCUUUUAGAAACCCUGUUAGAUGUUAUUUACUUAAUUUGUUGUUCCCUUAAAGAAUGGUAAACUAAUAUUGGGUUCCAUUUCCUUUCUUUUGCAAAAGGAGGGCAAUUCUUUUGUUAUGAGAGAGCACACAGUUAUUGUAAGUGCAUACGUUAUUAUCAGUUCAGAUCAAAAAACAGUGCAAAAUGCACCGUCCGUACUCAAAUAAGUGAUAUUAUUAUCAAAAGCCUCUACUUUUUUAAGCUUUAUCUUUACACAUCCACAAACAAUACGGCUAAAUAAAUACUUUUGAUUGUUUGAAGAGUUUUUUUUUAUUAUUUAGACAGCACAAAAGAAAAUAUAUACAUCUCAUUCAUAUGUGCGGACUCUGGAGCAUUAGCUGGAAGGCUAUUCCAUUUAUCUAUUUCUGUAAUGUAGUGAAUUUUUAGUGAACUUUUUAGUUUAUUCCUUCCAAAUUCAGAUUUGUUUUCUGUUUGUAACUAGUCAUCAUCAUCUGACAUGUUUCCCUAGUAAACUUUAUUUUCCAGGGGCAAAUAGUACUUUAACUAUAGUUUUCUUUAUGAUAUGGCAUAAUUUACCUUUUUUUCUUUACAUUUUUCUUGGAAACCACUGUUUUGUAAAAGGUAUAUUUGUUCUCUCAUGUGAAUGUGUCUGAAUGUGUCAGGGAAUGUACUGAAAAUCUGUGAAAAAGGAAUGCUAAUGCCUUAUUUAGUUAUGUUUACAAAUUCUUCAAAUCCUUAUACAGAAAGCUUGUGGUAACAUAGUCAUGUGCACCAGCAUAGUGAUUUUAAUAUCUGAUAAAACAUGAGACCAGUUCCGCUAUCUUUUUAGGAGGCAGAGCUUUGGGCUUUUCUGGCAGGUCAGUAUCUACCCAAAGGUCCGCUCUAGUCUGUAGAUAGGUUAGGCAUAAGCCAGAUGAAGAAUCAAUUAUUUCAUUACAUUUUUCAUCUUAUUUAAUUUAAGAAGAAUAGAAUAUUUCUUCAUAUGUUUUAUUAAUCACUGAUGUUAAGGAUGUCCAUUACAAUUUUGCUAGAUGCACCACAGUAUUUAAAACUUUGCUGUUUACUGACACUGUUGCAAUUCUUUUUGGAAUUCAAAUUUCCUCUUACUAUUUGCAUCAGUGAAUCUUGUGAAGGCCACAUUUGCGUUAUUAACAUUUCUCUUAAUGGGUGCUGCUGUUUUAUUUACUGAAUUGCUUACUCAAGAAGCUGAUGAAUUAUAUGGCUUAGUCAUAUUGAGGCAUUGUGUGAAGUGAUUCCUGUACAGUGUGCUGAUGAUGCUGUUAUUGUGUGCAACAGCACGCACCUAGACCAUUCACUUCUGGCACUUAUGAAGCUUUGAGCCUUUGUUGCACUGAAGAUUGUGUAAUGAGUAUCGCCAGCAAAAUUCAAGUGUAAAUCACUUAUGGCACAGCAUUGUCAACAAAUUAAACAUUCAUAACACAUUAAACUGCCUUUGACCUUGUUCAAAGUAUGCUGGUAAUCAUAACCUAUCCAAUUACUAAUGACUUAUUUUGGGGAUUGGCAUUUAACUGAAAAAGCUUAAACUAUUUAGAAAGUUAAGAAGGUAAUUUCGUGGUUCCUGCUACCCCUAAACCUAGCAUAGCAUAGGAGAAAGAGGAGCAACUAUUAGCUGUGGGCCAGGUGAACUAAAGAGAAAUAGUAUUUUCUCUUCCUAGCAAUCUAAAUAUUAUUACUGUAAUUAUACAAAAAUAUCUGCACUUUUCAAGCUGUUUCAGAGAACACCCUUGUUUUUAAGGUUUAUUUGAGGUGACCAUGCAUUUUUUUUUUUUUUUUUUUUUUUAAUUUUACCAAACUUGCCAUUUGGUGCAAUUUGCUUGGAUUGCUACGUUGCAGUGAUCCAUUGGAUCAGCUCAUGGAAAUAUUGGGUUACUACCUAUUGUACAUGUCCCUGGUGUCUCUAUGUUGACCACCGUCUCCAUAACAAACUACUUGAAGCCAUUAGCUUACCAGAUUGUCUGUUUUUGGACAUCUGCUCCAGUCCAGUUUGAUUGACUGGAUUUUGAUUCUUCAGAAUUAUUUUGAAUUGUUUUCAUCAAUUGUAUGUGGCUGCUCACACACACUGACGGAUCUUUGCCCAUUUUGUUUUAUAACUAGCCAGCUAGACAAUCUGGUUUCUUUCUUUGUGACAGCAUUACCUACAUUCAUUUCUCUCUUCAUUGUCUUUUCAUUGCUAUAGUGAUUAUCCUGGAUAUUGUAAUGUUAACUGACUGGUAUUCCAAUCUUUGGUUUUUAAGUCAAGUUACUGGUAUUUUGGCAAUGCUUGCCUGUACUUUGGAAAAUAUGUUGCUAAAUGGGAUCAGAUCAUCUACAAACUGUAGUAAAGUAUCUGUAAAAUGCAGCAGCACUGGUUAUUAUUCUGAAGUUGUCUCUGCCACCAAUAACAUUAAAAUGAAAAAGCCAUUAUGGAAUGUGUAAUACACUCUCUUACUAGAAGGGCACAAAAUCCUUUCCCCUAAAAAGAUAUAUGUACAUAAUUGCAAUUAAAGCCAUAUAGGAAUGAUCUAAGUAAUCAUUCUUUGCCAUUCUUUUGCCACCAUGAUUAUAUUUGUCAUUAAAAUACUUAUUUAGCUUUAAAAUGUCUAUUCAUGGCUAUACUGUUGAAUUUUGAUGCAAUCACAAGUUUUCUGUGUACUGUUCUGAUUUAGCAUUAUAAGGGCGGUGGGGCACUAAGCAGCUGUUUGAUCACUGUGAUAUUGCCACCGUAUAUAUACAUUAGCAGCUGGCUGUGGCUGUUUGGGGUCUGGAUACCACCAUUUUUCCUGGGAAGAUCAUGACCCUCAAAAUAAAUCUUAAAUUUAUGGUAUAUUUAAAAAAAAACAAUAAUACUGAUGUUCAUGAAGAUGAUUUUCAUUAGUUGAGUGUAAGCACCAUCUUGUACUCUGUAUGCUGUAAAGCAGAUAUUACUGAAAUUAUUGUAUAAUUCCCAAACCAGGCUCCUGGUUCUUAAAACAGAAUCAAGUCCAAUUACAGUUGUUUUGAUCUGUUUAUAUUACAUUUUUUGUUGUACAGGUAUGGGACCUGUUAUCUAGAAUGCUUGGGACCGGGGGCAUUUCGGAUAAGGGGUCAUUCCAUUAUUUGGAUAUUUAUACCUUAAAUGUACAAGAAAAUCAUCUAAACAUUAAAUAAACACAAUAGGAUUGUUGUUGCCUCCAAUAAGGAUUAAUUAUAUCUUAGUCAGUUCAAGUACAAGGUACUGUUUAUAAAUUCAAAGAAAAAGGAAUCAUUUUUAAAAAUGUUAAUUAUUUGAUUGAAAUAGUCUCCCUGGGAGAUGGCCUUCCUGUAAUUCAGAACUUUCUGGACAAUGGAUUCUAUACCUGUAUUUUGAACACACUGAUUAUUUUAUUCAUUAUAAACCAGAUAUUGCACAACUUGUAUUUUUAAAAAAGGCAUUCUCUUGGCACACAGUCUCAUUUUUAUUCCAUUAAUUUGUUUCUAUGCAUUCUAUUAUUACAUUCCACCUUUAUAUAAAUAUCUUUAAAAAUAGGGUUGUGUAAUAGAUUACAAUGCACAAUUUAUAAAAACUAUAUUUGUAUUAUUAUAUUGUGAAUAAAGUCUUUUAUUCUAAAGUG